AUGCGUAGCUCAAUUACUAAGGAGAUUAAGCAAGAGUUUGAUAUAGCAGUGGAUAAACUCAAAAAAGAAUUUACGGAGACUACAGAUUUUUUAUCUGCUCAACUAGUAGAGGUAAAGAGUGACAUGUCGGCAUUCAGUAACAAAAUAUCUCUUUUAGAGAAUGAAAAUGAAAAACUACAGGCUGAGUUGUGUUAUUUAAAAAACCAAAAUUUUCCUUCCACAUAUCAGGAUUUGCGUAAUACCAUAACUCAGUUACAAGUUAAUCUUAAUGAGCGUGAUCAACAGGCUUUAUUAAAUGACUUAGAGAUUUCUGGUAUCCCGGAAAAUGUCAACGAAUCAGUUCAACACAUCGUUGUAGCGGUAGCAGCGAAGUUGGGCACUCAGCUCGAAGAGAGUGACAUAGUUAGCGCCAGUAGAGUGGGAAAAAGUCAGCGCCUUUCGGAUUUAAAAACUCAAGCCCUGGGACGUCCUUCACAUCAUCGUCAUAUUGUGGUACGCCUCUCUCGUCGAGUUAUUCGAGACGAAAUGUUACGAAAUGCUCGCGUUCGCCGUGGGGCUACAACAGCAGAUCUUGGCCUCCCAUCACAUGAACCUAGACCUUUUUAUCUCAAUGAGAGAGUUACUAGUACAAAUCGACAAUUAUUUGGAAAAGCACGUGAUAUUGGAAGAGGUCUUAAUUGGAAAUACAUUUGGACUAAAGAGGGGCGUAUAUUUGCUAGACAAAGUGAUAGUUCAAAAAUAUACCAAUUGCAAUCUAUUGCUGACAUUGAACGCAUUUUUGGUGAUUUCAUCAGAAAAUAA